AUGUUGAGAGCUUUGAGAGAGUUUAUCAACGAGCGACUAACUGCUGCUGCUGGAGAAAUAUUCACCGUGUUUGAACAAACUGUCGUCCAGUUCGAGGAGGAGAUUGAUCGACAACGCAGACUUUUGGAAACCAGCUUGAAACCGCAAAGCAGCUUCAACAGAACAGAGACUCAGCAGCAACACACUGGUGAGCAGAAGACGAUCUCCAGCCUGGAGCAGGAGGAACAUGAAGCUCCACACAUUAAAGAAGAGGAGGAUCUUGUUAAGGCGUCUGUUCCUGAUGGUGAAAGAAAGAAUUCCCUUGACUCUGUGAGAGACCUGACCACCCAGAGACUGACUGCUGCUGCUGUGGAAAUAUUCAUCCUGUUUCAACAAACGAUCGUCCAGUACGAGGAGGAGACUGAUCGACUGAGCAGACUGCUGGAAAUCAACUGGAAACCUCAGUUCCAGUUACAUAGAACAGAGCUCCAACAGCACCAUGACUGUAGAGAGGAGCAGGACUUUGAACUGGAAACAAACUGCUGUCAAGAGCAGGAAGCAUCAGAACCUCCACAGAUCAAAAAGGAAGAAGAAGAACCAGAACUUGUACAGUUUAAAGAAGAGCAGGAGGAACCAGAACCUCCUCAGAUUGAGGAGCAGGAGGAACUCAGCACACAGUCGGGAGAGCAGCUUAUUGUGAAGUUUGAAAGUGAUUCUUUUGAGGUUCCUUCUACUGAGGAACAAGGUUACCUGAGUGAAGCAGAAGAAGUACUGGAUGCUGAGCCAUCAGAGAGUCAGGUUGGAUUUGAAAGGCUUCUUUGUGAGGGAACGCGUGGCGAAAUCGUCUGUUAUAAUCAUCAGUUAUGUCAGAAGGUUUUAAGGCUCACUGAUGAUAAGAAGAAUUUAAUUUGUGAAACAUGCGGGAAAGGCUUCAGCCAUCAGGGUAAUUUGAAGAGACACUUGAGAACUCACACAGGUGAGAAGCCGUUUUCUUGUGAGACUUGUGGAAAAUGUUUCAGUCAGCAGGGCCAUUUGCUGGUCCACAUGAGAACUCACACGGGCGAGAAGCCUCACUCUUGUGAAACAUGCGGGAAAUGUUUCAGUGAACGGCGUACCUUUUUGGCCCACAUGAGAAUUCACACAGGUGACAUGCCGUAUUCCUGUCCAAUGUGUGGGAAAGGUUUCAGCGUGCGGCGCAAUGUGUUGGCCCACAUGAGAAUUCACACUGGGGAGAAGCCGUAUUCUUGUGAAAUGUGUGGGAAAAGUUACAGUCAUCACAGUAGCUUGUUGGUCCACAGGCGAACUCACAAACUGUAUUCUUGUGAAAAGCAGAAGCCUUAAUUUGCGAGGGUGAUCUUAAUAGUCGAUUAAAUCUUAAACUGGAUUCAUCAACCGUACAUGCUUGGUUGACUGGGUUUGAGCAUCAAGGGGUCCUAAAAGAUUCCUAUACGGCUGAGACCAAUAAUAUGUUGGUGUCAUCCAGAAUACACGGGAGGGAGAUUGGGGGAUAUGACAGGGGAGUUUCCAGUUCAGCAGGCAUUAAGUGGUUGACUAAAUUAAUAGAUCUGAGAAAUCCUUGGGUUUCUUUGCCACUUCAGUUGUGGAACAGGAAAUAACUCAAUCAUUUAAAGGAGGUGAUAAAACUUUUGAGAUGGUGUGCGUUUGAUCCAGAUUUUGUGCCUAAAAACUGGGACGUGGGGUUUAGAGGAGAGGCAACUCAGGGUUUAACAGCAUAUUGCACUGUUUUGAGUAAGGGAUCAUAAACAGAAAUGAGAGAAAGUACUUGGCUCUGAACGAAAGUUAACAACAGUGAUGAACAACACAAUGGAAAACCUCAAGCUCUGGAGGGAGUUCUGUUGGGAAAGCCUUAUUAGAUUUUUUUGUUACACCAGUGCAAAAGAGACACUACACCAACUCAGGUACCUGUUGGAGACAGUGCCGACGCCUUGAGGCAAAUCAUUUUCACAUGUUUCGGUCCUGUUCAGUAUAUUGUUGCCAUUUUGGCUGGAGGUUAAUCAAAGAAGAUAUUUCCAACUUACCUUCCAUUUAAUUUACAUCUCCCCUAAGACUGCAGCAAAAGGUAUUUGGUAACACCAAUGUACUUUUUAAUUAGUUUAUUUAAAUAGUCAGUUUAAUAUCACAAAGGAUCACCCAGGUUUUAGUUUCUGUUCUAGGAAGUUUAGUUGUAUUCACAGACUGCCUUGCAGUGAUUCAUCUCUGGAUUAUCAAGAUAGGUUUGGAUGUAAAGUGCAAAUUUAAAGAAUGGUGAAGAUGAAUGGUUGUAAAGGUGGAAUUUUCUCAUGAACAUGUGAACCAUGUAAAAGCCUAAUAAAUGAAACGUGGGAAAUGUUUCA